AUGGCGAAGAAGUUUGGUUCUGCCGUUGAUCUAGAGACGGGAACGAGCACGAAGAACACGAAGAAGAAGCCUAAGAUGAAACAGGGGCAGGUCCGUUCUAUCCAGUUCGAACUGUCGGACAUUCCGGAAUUCUCUAGACGAGGACUGGAAAAUUCGUUCGAAAGUCAAAAGAUGUGGGAUUUAGGUUCUCACUGCAUCUUACCAUCCAGUAUCCGUGCUGCAUGGGUGUACGUGCGCUCAGCCCGCCCAGCCAUCGGUUUAUUGUAUUCGUAUCCGAGGUAUCUAUAUGGAGUAGCUAAAUCCUACGGAGUAAGCUGA